AUGAAGGACCUGCAUAAUUCUCCUCCCCCAAUUAAGCAAUCUGAUUGUUUGGCAUUCGUCAGAUGGGAGGACGGUUAUACCGGCAAAAUCUUUACAGGAGCAGACAUUUUGCCAAGAGAUGAAGCUCCUGUGCAGAUCUUAGAUCUUAAAACAGGAGAUUCUGUUUUAGCAAAGUGGUCAGAUAUGAAGAUGCUGGUCCAGGUGAAGUACAACCAACAGCAGAAGUAUGUGAAGCUGGAUGACGUUGAGGGACAGUUUGACUUUCUCCAAUUCCAUGGAAAAGUCAUUAAGAGAUUUUGCCUGCCACCCGAUGCAAGCAUUAUGUACAAGGAUGCAACAGGGACAGAAGUUGAUGCGGAAAUAUUCAGCGACCUGGUUGGACAAGGCAAUGUGGUGCUGACAAUAUUCUCAAGCCAGGAAUUUUCAGACCUGUCCUUGUCCUCUGCAUCUGAGAUCUCUGACUCUAGCUUCAACUCAAGCGGAACUCUUACCAUGGAUAAGAUCCCUCACAAGAGAAUAAGCAUGAUGCAACAUCAGCUAAACAGGAUAGCUUUGAUUGAAGCUGUGUUAAAAGCCAAGUCUGGCAGUGAAGCAGUACUUCAGGAGUACCAAACAACAGAAACCCUAACAGAUAUCACAAGACGACAAAUGGUCAACAUACUGGUGGCUCACAUGAUUGAUAGUCAUGGAAACCUUCCCACUAAAGCAGUCAGAGAGGAAUAUGCUCUUGGCAUAGUGACACUGUUCCCGUCUCUCAAGGAUCCAUACACCAAGAAAGGCUAUGAACACUUCUAUGAUGCUGCUAGUAGCACAGGAUACAUUUCUUGGCGUCUGAAAACAGUCCAAAGGAAAAUUCGGCGUGGAUCUGAGGCGCCACCAAGUAGCUCUUUGAACCUUUCUUCAGGAGGCCCAAAGUUCCAAAGGAUUGUCAAUGUCGACAAUCAGCUUGAUGGGGAUGCUUGUCAAGAGGCAGUAUCUUUGCUCAACCAUACCACAGACAAUUCCGUGAUUCUCCAGAAGAUGAGAGAGACAUUUCAGCACCGUCAGAAGCUUGUUAAUGACCCAGGUACAAGUGCUGAUAUCCUCUCCUUCUUCCCAAGAUUCCUCGAUACAAAAGGAUUGGUAAGUUUGGAAUGAGAUGUUUGGAGCAGCCUGACAUUUGAAAGUAUUUCCUUCGGUGGUAGUUAAAUAUCUUCUUUCUUAAAGGUGGAGCAAGACUUCAUUCUCCUAUUUGAUGAUGAGACAUCCUCCAGGCUUCUUCAGAAGUGGGAUGUGUUCUUCAAACCAAACAUCAUAAAAGAGGCUAAGCGACUUACUUCAGCACCAGAGUUGCGGCGCUUGUUACAGUCAGCAGAAUGUUCCAUUGGAAGUGAGGAGG